CUAGUUGGGCGGAAAAAAAAACGCAUUUCUUGCAUUUCACGAACAGGCCUUGCGGGUUUUUAAUCGUUUUAAAUAUGGCUACCCAGAUGCCAAGAAGCAGCAACUACUAUUCCCUUUUCUCCCAGCUGUCCAACGGCUACGUUCUGCCCGAGGGUCGGGUGACUCCCAACACCAUCUUUGUCGGCGGCAUCGAUCCGAGGGUUAGGACGCAUGAAAUGAGGGACUUCUUUGCUCCUUUUGGUACAGUAAAGGAUGUGAAAAUCAUCACAUACCGUGGAGGGCUCAGCAAAGGCUAUGGGUUUGUUUACUUUCAUGAGGAUGUCGACAUCAAGGCAAUUAUCGACCAACAUAUCGUUUGGAAAGGGAAGUCACUCAAACUGGGGCCCGCAAUCGUCAAGCAGAGGACUUGUCGGGCAAGACCGGCGCGGUUGCGUCCUCUUGACCCUUGGAUGGGACCCACCCAGUAUGUCCACUGCUCUUGUUGCCCACCAAAUGGCGUGUGCAUGUCCCACCCUCCACCAUUCGAUGAUGGUCGUUACUAUCAGACAUACACCUACCCCCAAUUUGGAAACUAUGCCGUCCCACAGAUGCCAAUGAACGCUCCGAGUCCGUACGGCUACCAGAACAUGAUGGACUGUGGCAUUCAGACCAUGCUGACUGUGCUGUAG